ACUGCAAUUGUAACAACAAGAUUUUGUUUUGUUAGUUCACUUAGUUAGAGAAGUAUAAUAUUGAUUGGUAGUAUUAAGAAGGUUUAAGUUACAAACACAUAACUGAAAGACUCAGACAACACACAGAACGGUGAAUACUCAUGCUUAGAUGAUGUCUCAAUCUCUUAUAUCAUAACAUUCGGCGUUCAUUACUAUAUUACUAUUCCUGUUGUGUAUAUAUCCAUGUUUUAUGCCAAUACAAGUCUUUGAUAUUGAGAAAAAGCUGGUUUCUCCAAAACAAGAAUCCAGAAGUUCUCUUCCUACAGUGAUGUUUACCCAUAAGAAGAUAGGUUGGAAUGACAAAGUUACCAAUUCAUGCAACAAGGCACUACGGCAAAUAUUUCAAUUCUUAGUACAGUCAUACAGAUCCUAUUACCAUUUACGGAAGAAAUUAAAUGCUCAUGGUGAUGUUCUCAUGAAACAGAAAGGAGAUAAGUACACAAAAGCUAAGGAGAGUUGCAUCUAGCAUUACUAAGACAUGGACAGGGAGCGCAUGAAGAUGGCUAUCCUGCAGCAAGAACAAACAUUCAGACAACAGGUUCAUGAGAUGCACCGGGUUUACCAUGUUCAAAAACAUCUGAUGAGGGAGAUGCAGACAUCUAGGCUGACCCAAGCUCAUGCUGGGACGAAACCAAAACUCGACGUCUGGCGCAAUGAGAAGGCUACCGACUGUCAUAAAUUCUACGGGUUCUCAGAGAGCUGCACCCCUGCCUCUGAAGAAGAAUGCAACCUUGAGCUUACUCUAGCAACCGGGAGCCAUAGCAGCAGGAACAGCAGCAGAAGUCAGAAGGGCAAGCAAGUAAUGAAGUCCGCAGACUCCGACUCAGGAACAGCGGUAUCAACAACAUCGACUGAAUCUGAGCUGGCUCAGUUCAAGGAGUUUGACACAGCAGCGGCGAGGUUUCAGAGUGAUAUCAAGAGGUUUACCAUUGCCGAUGAGAAGAAUAGGGCUCCUUGGCCCAACCAGCCUGCAAGCCUGAGGAUGGCAUGGUGAACGAAUUAGCUAGGUCUUGGAGUUGUAGAUUCUAGAGAGAGAAGAAGAGAUGUUGUUACAUGUACAUCGCAGAGCUAAUUUGCUACUACAACAAUUGAUAAUCGCAAAAAAGAGAUAGUCGCCUAACAUUUUCCAUGUUUUGAAGGUGACUAUACAUUUAAUUUAGAUGUAUCAGAGACAAGAACAAACCAAGAACAAUAUUGAUUCAGAGUUCCA